AUGUUGGGUAACGACGAUGAUUCACAAUCAAAUGAAUAUCUUACAUUCUUUAAUAUUUUGAUUCAUGUUGGAUGGCUCAAUCCUCAGGAGAAAGUCAAAGAAGAACACCAACACUGGUUGAAGAAAAGAGUAAAAGUCAAACAAAGUGCUCUUAUAGAUUUGUUUUUAUCAAGCAGUUCAAACAAGAAGAUACUAGUUGGUUCAUUGUUUAAAAUGAAUUCAUACUUUAUCAGAGAUGUUAAAGUCGAUUCUAUUGUUCAACGAUUGGAAACAUCAGAGUUUGGAGAGAUGAUGAUUCGUCAAUUUCCAUUACACGUUGGAAUAAGGAAUUUGGAAUCAUUGGUUAUUUUCGACAUCUACAGAGUGAGAGCCAUUGAAAUGCCUUCCAAUCUUUUUCAUCAUAUUUUGGAAUAUAUCAAAUCGAAUGAUGUGGAUAUUACGAGGUUAUUGUCAAGGAAACUCUACAUUAAUCACUCUGGCAGUUCAUUGUCCAAGAUGUUGUUGUAUUUUUAUCAACGAGUUAAAGAACCAGCUAUAUUUAGAGUAUUGGUUAAAUCACUCAUUCUCAUGGAAUCAUUAGAUCGCGAAUUAAUUCAAAGUGUUCUUACACCGUUCAAACUAGAGUUUCUUCAAUUUUCGAAUAGCUAUGUCCGAGAAUUUGAUACACAAUCACGAUCCAACUUUAAUCAACAAAAUAUUCAAAAAGAUAAAUCACCAAAUAGUUUUCAACAUCAUAAAUCAUAUAGAGAUUUUGGAAUUGGAUAUUAUUCUCCUGAAACACCGAUCUUUAUGAAUUUGAAAUUCCUUAAAUUCAGAAGAUCGGUACACGGAACAAAUACUCAUUUUCAAAGAUUGUUGGAUGCAACUAACAAAGAUCAAUUGGUUUCGGUGGAAUUUAUUUUUUCAAAUGUAAGCACAAUGUUGGUGAAUGAAGAAAUAUCAUCUCUUUUGGAGCUCAGAAAAUCCAGUCCCAAGGUCAACAUCUCAGCAUCUGUUUCAACAACUUCUAUCGCCAUCGACAAUCCUGAUCAACACUCUCUGAUCACAUCCUAUUUUUUUAAUUCAGAACCCCCCAAGAAUAUAAUUCUUUCCAAUCUUAGAAAGAUAGCAGUCAGUAAAUUUAGAUGUAAGAAUUUUGACUGUAUGACACAUAUCUUUCAGACUUCGCCGAAACUAAGAUCGAUCAAACUCGAUCCAACUCUAAAUCUCGAGUUCUUCAUUGGAUUAAUUAAUCUGAAUCCAAACAUAUGGAAAUUGACUAUCCAAUAUAAUAUUUUUGUAAAUAAUGUUAAUAAGAUUGAACCCAUUUCAUUAGUAACCCAGUUAAAUCAAGUUUUCGAUAUAUUAAAUCAAGAAAAAGGACAACAAAUUAAAAUAGUAAAAUUAAUUUACAAUGGAUUCAAUGGAAAUGAUAUCUAUAUUCCAAUGUUAAAUCAAUCACUUUUAUCAGACAACUUGGUUAAUAUUGGAAAGUUUCGACCUAUGGAUGAUAAACUGUAUAAAUUCAAAAGAAUAACAGAUUAA